UUAUAUUAAUGAUUUAGAAGUAGUAUAAAUCAAUUAAUAGAAUAGGUAAAUGUUAUGUUAAAAGCAUUACAAUAAAGAGUUUCUGAUAUUAAAAAAUAAGAAAAUUGGAAAGAUAAACUAGAUUAAGAAGAUAUGAAACAAGAAUAAAGAGAACCUGAUAUGUAUAAUACAAUUAAUCAAUCUCUUGGAAAAAUGAUGAAGCCAAAUCAGUACAUUCUGAAAAAACUUAAAGUAAGAAUUUAAUUAAUUAGAUUCAUUCAACUAAUUAAGAAAGAAAUAAGAUUUAAUUCAAUAAGGAAAAUAAGAUUGGGAUAAAACUACUUCUAAUAGAAAUCAAAAGUUUCAUUAGAGGAUCGUAUUGCUAAACAUGUUGCUGAUGAAAUUCUUAAUCAAUAUAAAGUUAUAUAUGGC